UUAUAUUAUACAUACAUAUGGAUUCUUCCAAGGCCUUCUUCUCCCACUCUUCCUUCAAAGCAUCCAUAGCCAAGACACUCUUCUUCCGUGCACUCUUCCUUGCCUCUGCUAUCUCCUUGCUUUCCUUGCUCCGAUUCCUUCCUACUCUCCACUUCCUCUCAGCCUCACUCGCCCCUGAAACACACCUUCAGUGUCUCAACCAAAACACUUCUGGCUCUUACUUGUUCCAGAGCAGGGUCUACAACUCCUUCUGGGACUCCUUCAACUGCAUCAACCAUGCCAACUUCACUACCUCUGCUGUCAAUCACCUAUUGCGUAACCACUUCUUGAACCGUAAAGCUACCUCCCUCUGCGUUGGACAACCCUCACCAAUGCCUGCUGUCUCUGCAAUGCGACAACUUGGCUUCACUAGUGUCACCGCUGUCUCCCUAAGCCACAACACACUCUUGUCUCAGCUUCACUAUCAGGACUCUUCCUUUGACUUCGUCUUCACCAAGGAUGUGGACAAGGUUUCUGUGCCUGCAUUGCUGCUGCUUGAGGUGGAGCGGGUCCUCAAGCCUGGGGGAAUUGGCGCACUGCUUAUACGUCCCAAUCAUGCUCCUUCUUCCUCAGUUUCAUCCAUGUUGAGAUCUUCAAGUGUUGUGGAUGUCACUCUUGUAAACGGCAUUACCCUUGUGGUUUUCAAGAAAAGAAGCUCUUCUGCAUUUGUCUUCAAUCACCACCUUCAAGGAGACUGUCCAAGUUUGAACUCCACCAAGCCUCUUAUAGAGCUCAUGGAGCCUCUUGCUGAUGAGGAAACAUCUCAAGAGCAUGAGAAAAGAAUCUCAUACUUGCCUAAGUUUGUGAACAUGUCUAAUAGGAAGAGAUUGGUGUACAUUGACAUUGGAGUUGGUGGGGUGCCUAACAAUGUUACUAAUUGGUUCUUUCCAUCUUACCCCAUUGAUUUUAGAGAUUUCAAUGUAUACUUUGUUCACUACAAUACUUCCAUCUUGUUGUCUCAUGUGAAAAGGCCUGGCAUAACCUUUGUUUAUCAUCCGGGGUUGUCCUCGUCCUCCAAGGGUGAAGAGUUUGACUUCCAUGCAUGGUUCAAAGAGACAGUGCAGCAGGCUGAUUUUGUGGUGUUGAAGAUGAAUGCAGGGAAUGUUGAAAUGAAGUUUCUAAGGGAUAUGUUUGAAAGUGGAGCCAUAUGCUUUGUUAAUGAAUUGUUUCUCAGCUGCUCAGAAAACACGGAAGAAAAAGGUUGCAUGGAUAUUUACAAGGGACUCAGAGAUAGUGGUGUCUAUGUUCAUCAAUGGUGGGAAGCAGAUGAGUUGCAUCAAGGGUCUAACAAGGUGGUUGAUGUUCGGUAAUUAUUGAGUUUUCAGAUUCUUGUGUUCAUGGUUUAUUUGAUUAGAGAAAGAACUAUUUAGUGUUGUUGCUGUUGUGUACUACUUUAUCUAAUGUUAUGACUUAUGCAUAUCCACGUUAAUUUAUAAA